AUGAGCUCCCUAUUACCACCCGAAACACUUUGCGAAAUAUUCAAAUAUUUUUCCCAUGACAAUCCAACACUUUUUAAAUGUCUUUUGGUUGAUCGUACAUUUUGUAAAUUUACUAUUCCAUAUUUAUGGAGUCAACCAUUCAAACGACAAUUAAAUGAUCAGAAAUCUGAAAGCUCGUUAGUGGAAACAAUUAUUUUAUCAUUAAACGAUAAUCGUCGGAAAUCUGUGUUAAAUUUACUUUUCUCAUCGAGAACGACAAAUUCAAAAGCAACGACCCUGUCUUCUUCUCGAGAACCGCUUUUCAAGUACUGCCAAUUCAUUACUGAAUUGGAUACAUGGUAUAUAACAUUAACCGUUGCAAAAUGGCAUUCGCGGAUUUCAACUAGAUCUGGUAGAUAUCUAUCGAGCCACAUACAAGAUCCACAUGUUAUGAAAAUAAUAGAUCAGUUAUGUCGAGGUUUAAUCUCUUCUUCUUCAAAUCUUGCAAGCCUAUUGUUGAAUAGUCCGAAGAGUGCCCCAAUCUCUUUGAAUUUCUUAAGAACAAAAGACUUAUUAUUCUCGAGUAAUUUUGACGGUAUAAAGAAGAUCAAAGACCACGAUUAUAUUCCCUCGAAAUUUUUCCCAUUUGGAAUUCAAAAUAAUAGCUUGAAGAAUUUAAGUUCGAUUGAUCUGGAAUUUCGACGACAGGUGACUUGUGCGGACUUAAUCAAACAAUUUCUCCAGUUGAUCCAGCAACAGACGCAACUUCAAACUCUUAUCAUCAGAAAUUAUCGGAUUAUUUUUGCGAAACAGUCUCUUUAUGAUGCGUUAUAUGACCAGCGAGGGUCUCUAACAAGACUCGAAUUUCACCAAUGUGACUUCAACACGAUAUUUGAAAUCGAAAAAUUUCAAAACUUCAAGCGGUUAAAUGCGUUGGUGAUAUACAAUUGCAAAAAUUUACCAAGCUCCCAGUACGAUACACAACAAAAUGUUGAUGAAGCGUCCUUGUACUCUGGAUUAAAAGUGGAAAAAUUCUUCUUAUCUUCGCGAAACACAAGCAACCAUCCAACACGCUCUCAUCUCCUGCCAUUCUUUGAACUUGUUUCGAUUUGUCAUCUCCAAGAGAUUGUUCUUCCGAAAUCAUGUUCUAUUAGAGAAUACGAAAUACUUUUACUUUGUGCUUCGAAUCUCGUGAAAUUAUCGAUCCAAACUGAUUUGAUUCGCGAGAAUUCCGCAUUUCAAUUGAUUUCAAAUUGUAGAUUCUUAAAAUCUUUAUCGCUUUAUCAUUCUUCUUACUCGGACAAGAAGAUUAGCGAUGAAUUCUUAUUAAAAAUCAAGCGAACUCUCUCUUCAAUAUCUCUUCUCACUUCAAUCAAUCUCGGAUUCAAGUUAUCGGGAUUUCAACUCGAAACAUUACUUUCCGAUUCUCAAUUACCUUAUCUUCAUAAGAUUGGUCUACCAGAUACACCUGAUGCGCGUAAAAAAAUUAUAAAUUUAAUCACCACCGUUGCUAGGUACGCACGCGCAAACAAUAGAUGUUUACAAUUGGGAAUAAGGACGGACAGGUUUAAAAAAGAAAUAAUGAAUUGUGUAACAAAGUCGGGAAAUUUAAUAGAGAUAGUCGACAGUUUAUCAUGGUUUGACAAUUACGGUGAAAAUAAUGAAGCAGAAUUCUAA